AAACUCAUCCUGCGCCUUUACAGUUAACCUGACAGUGCAGGAGUGCAUGUGUGUCGAUUACAAGGAUUAUAUUAUCACAGCCCAGAAGACAGGGCACGGUAGCUAAGCGGCAAGUGGUGAUAACCAUUUCACUUACCCGCUCAUUUAUUACAGGAUCUGGGUUGGCUAAGGACAUCAGUAACUGUGUUUGGCAGGAUUGAUUAUCAAUUGUGAAAACCUGUGGCUUAAAGCAAUUCCACUUAUUUCUUUUCUUACAUCUUUUUACUGGUGGGCAUUGCUUAACAAUUUGGUAUUCAUGAAGUAAGUUUAUGCUAAACAUGUGAUUUACAUACUUUUUUGUGGAAAAUUUUCGCUAUGGAUGAGACUUAAAGCUAUAAGGAUUAAUAACUAUUUAUACUAGUGAUGAAAACAGAGUAAUAAAAUUCCUGGAAGGCAAUUUGUGUCAACGCACCUGGAUACCUGACAAAACAAAGAAUAAUGAACAUCGAACUCCAACCACAUAGCUGUUCCUCAACAUACCAAUCCUACCAUGGCAACCUGUGAUCACUCCAAGAGCACCACAUUUUCCUAUUCACAAUGGUAAAAAGCUCGGAAAUGAACCUCUUGUUUUUCUUCGGAGUGCUGAUCCCUGCGUUGGUGACGGUCGCCCUGUUUGCGAUAUUCUGCUUCUGUUGGUACAGGAUGAGAGUUCGAAACGAGAUACUCUAUAAGAAGCACGACCCUCACAAGAUUGAGCGACUUCGAGAAAUAGGCAAAAACUACGAGCCACCCCCACCGCCACUGCCUCCCUUCAAGUCUCGAACGGCGUUACUUUCGGAUACUUACGGCCACAAUAAUAAUAACAUUAAGGACAAACCCACUGAUGACUACGAAGAGCAACCGGAGCCAACAGAAGGUCUGGAUAAUCCCUCAAUGUAUAGAACUAAUCCCGACAGUGGAUUCAGUGACUUGAAUCAAAUUCAGUGCCAUGUUCACGCUGGUUCACCUGCAACAAAUGUUCAAAGACGCGAAAGUGACAUGUGCCGUCCAAAUUCUCAAGCAUCUGACGAUUCUGAUGACUCUGGAUUUCGCAGCUCUCGUUCUGGACAGUAUAUACACAGUGCUAGCAGUAGCAAUGGUAAUGCACAGGAUACCGGGGUUCUAGGAAUCGGGGUUCAUAGUUUACAAGUUCAAGACUCUGUGCCAUUGUUCAAACCAAUCAAAAUUCAUCCAAAUGAAAAUGGCCGACAACCAAUCGUUUCGUUCAUGCACAGGAACUCUAGUAAGCACAAGGGGCAAAGGAAGAGGCUUCCAUUGCCUUCUAGUCAAAACUUAUCACACAGUGAAUCUCAAACAAUAAACAGUGUGACUGUUGCAAGCAUUACUCAGCAACAGCAGCAGAUCCAAGCGAUGCUGGCUGCAUCAACUAGCAUGUAUAAUGGUCACACAUCUGGCCCAUCAUGCACCAGUGACAUACAUUACAUUAGUAAAUCGAGCAAUGACGUGCAUGGGGGUAGACUUCACAGCAUUGACAGUCACGUGCGCCCACUAACGUAUGCGGGCGACUAUGGAUUUAAGUCUUGUGUACCUAGUUGUGGUCCUAGAAACAAGAGUGUUCACAUAAAUGAUCAUCAACUUAACAGUAUUGGAUACAGCAGUGAUAUGAGUAAUUUCGGACAAACUGUUGGCAACGGUCUUGGCUACGGAGAGCCGUUGUCUUUUCCUGGCGGGAGUAAAAUGCCAUUAAAUGGACAUAAUCCUGUAAACUCGUACAUUCCUGGAUACAAUAUAACAAGUACUAGCCAUAUGCGGCCAAUUCAGCCAGAGCCAACGAUGUACAAUGCUGGACAUUUCUCACGAACUACUUCGGAGAACCCAUCCCAGCAACUUACUAUCACACAAGCGAUGGUGCAUAAGCCCUUUAUUGAAGAGCUCAGUGACCCAAAACUAUACUCUGUUGUAUAGCAUUUCAUUUGUGAUUUUUAUAUAUAAAUAUAUAUUGUGUUCACUUGGAUCAACUGUGUCAAUUUUUCGAAAAAAGAUUUGUGCUAACUGGGUUAUUAUUGUAUUUAUUUAUUCUGUGAACUAUCAAAUGGUGCAAACAACAGAUAGUUAAAACAGCCAUUUGUUGAGAUAUUUAAGCACAUGUGCAUUGAAUUUUCGCUCAGAAUGAAAAUAAAUAUAUUGUACAUAAUCUUUUUAUACAAUAAUGCAUUUGAGUACAAUUGUAAUACCGACAGCAUUUAAUAAAAUUUUUUAAGGAUAUAAUCAUUCGCUUUUACGAGCUAUCAUGCAUAACAUCAUCCUGUGAGAGAGAUUUGGACAUGGAAUUAAACUUCUUUCAUAAAGAUUUAAAAGCAGAUUUCUUAAAAGGAAAUUAAGACGUGUAGGAUGGUGAAACAUUUUCUAGAUCAGUGAAAUCCAAAUUCAGAUUAAUGCACAAGGCAUAUCGAGAUAUCAAAAGCAUGAAAUACUUUAAGACUUAAGUGCACAUUACGAUGCACGGUUUCGCUCGCUAAAUAUGAUAUUGCUAACUGAUACCCCCUGACAAAUAUAAAAUUAUUUAUUAAUAUGAACUAGGUUUCGUGUUAGCGGGGCAAAAUUAGCAUACAGAAUUCUUUGUAGAUCUUAUAAAUUGCUUUUCAACACAUUACAAAGGCGUUCUAAGUUUUCAGCCUAAUAUGAUAAAUUAUAUAACACAAUAUGACAGCCUGGAGUUAUUUUUGCAGAAGUAAAUGAAUUUUUGCGUCUUUUUCUUCACUUUGUCAUUGUCAUAACCGUGUAUAAUUAAUAUCACUUGUUUCAAAGGUCACCAUUAUAGAAUAACGAAGGUUUUUCACCUCCAAUCUGUAUUAAAUUUUGUAUUCAUAUCUACAAACAUUAAAGCGUGCAUUGUAAGAAAAAUAAUAUUCAGAAUGCAUUUUUUCAUGAAAUCCUGAAACUGAUCUGUGAUUGCAUGAUUUUGUUAUAUAAGUAAUUUACUUAAAUUUUGAAUUAUUGACAAAGGCAAUUUUAAGUGUGUUUAUCUAAGUGUAUAAAUAGAAAAAAGAAGUGAGUGAAACUGUUGAAAUGUACUAGUCAUGUAAGAACUGUUUGUAUGCACAUUCUCUGUUAAAUCCAUUUUUCUUCCAGUUUCAUUUAAUGAUGUACAAAUCUGGAAAUAAAACAUGAAAACUA